UGAUCGAGUCCAGCAAGCGCUGUAGCGAUUGUGUGCUCCGUUACUGCGUUGCAAAGAGAGUUGUAAGCUAGAAUUGUCUUUCCUUAAUGAGAGACUGCCGUCUUUAAGUAUCUAUUUACUCCAAGUGAUAUUUCAGAGGUAUUUCUGGAGGUUCUUAUCGUAUCUGAAGGCGAUUUUUCGGCUGCCGUUAUCCAAAGGAACCUUGCAGAAAAUUUGCUGGGAUGCCGCCAUGAUUACAGUUUGAGGACUCCAACCUUUUCAUGUUUGUCUGCUGAAUCAUUCGCUUGGAACACCAGAGUAUUGCUAAUGUGUAGCGUCGAUUAACAGCCAUCAAACUGGAUCCACUAGAAGACUUCGAUGCGUCCAAAAUGGACGAUUUCAACGAUGAUGAUGAUGGAAUACCGGACAAGUCUUCGCAUGGUAGACUUCGAAAGAGAAAAGCUAACCAAUCAUUCAUGAUCAAAGAGGAAGAUUCAGAUGACGAUGACAUCGAAAAAGGAGAUAGCAAAAUGCCCAGAACAUCAGACGAAAAUAACAAGGAAAAGUUUGCAAGGGAGAAUCACAGUGAGAUUGAGAGAAGAAGAAGAAAUAAGAUGAAUGCAUACAUAAAUGAGUUAUCUGAUAUGGUACCAUCUUGUAACGGCUUGGCCCGUAAACCUGAUAAACUCACCGUUCUUAGAAUGGCUGUGAACUAUAUGAAGUCCCUACGAGGAUCUGGUCAGGGUGCUGAUGUUGCCUACAAGCCUUCAUUUUUGUCUGAUCAAGAACUUAAGCACCUUAUAUUGGAGGCAGCUGAUGGUUUCUUGUUUGUCGUAAAUUGCAACACUGGAACUGUGGUCUAUGUUUCAGACUCAAUUACUCCAGUCCUUAACCAGCCUCAGAGUGCUUGGAUGAAUCAAGAGAUAUUUGACUUAGUGCAUCCUGAUGAUGCAGAGAAAAUAAGAGAUCAGCUUUCCGCCACUGAGUCACCCGAUGCUGGAAGAGUUCUUGAUUUGAAAACUGGAAGUGUUAAAAAGGACAGUCAUGGAGGUAAGAACAGUUCUUUGUUGAAAGUUUUGAGUCUCAUGAGGGUGAUAUUUGGUACAGUGUAUCGAUGUCAACUUCCCUGGUGUAUGACUUUUGUAGUUUAUACUUUGUCUUCUUUUCCCAAACAGUCAUUUGGAAAUAGCACAGCAGUUGCUGUACCAGGGGAACCAGAAAACAAUGAAAACAGCUGUUUAGUAACUAUUGGAAAACUUCAACCAACGAGUGUGCCGCAGAGCAGUGACUUGAUGGAGAAUCCCCCAGUGAUGGAGUUUGUCUCCAGACACAGUUUGGAUGGCAAGUUCACUUUCGUUGAUCAGAGAGUGGUGGAUGUCUUGGGUUACAAACCUCAAGAGCUUCUUAAUGAACUGUGUUAUGACUUCUUCCAUCCUGAUGAUCUGGAACAUAUGAUGGAAAGUUACCAACAAGUGAUGAAACUGAAGGGCCAAACCCUGUCUGUGCGGUAUAGAUUCCGUGCUAAGGAUGGAAACUGGGUGUGGCUAAGAACAAGUUGCAACAGUUUUCAGAAUCCUUAUACAGAUGAAGCAGAGUACAUUGUUUGCUCCAACUGCCUUGGCCAACAGUGAGUAAAUAAAGUGCUUACAUGUAUAUGACAAUCUUUAGUAACAAAUAAA